GAGAGCAAGACGGCACCAGAAGGGGGAAACCGCGCUCGCCACCCCUACGCGUCGCCGGAGAGCGCGCCGGGGGCAUGCCGGAGCGCCGCCUACCAAUAUCCACUCCGGCGGCAGCCGGACCACGCCGGAACCCCCGACGGCAGCGGCGUCAUUGCCGCCUACUCCUCCUCCCAGCCUUCGGCCUCGCGCUCGUCUCCCUCGCCUACCUCUCCUUCUCUUCCCACCCCUAUCUCCCCUUCCAUGCAAAACAUCAUGAUAUGGAUAGUAUGAAGGAUGUUGAGGAGAGAACAGAGCAAAGACAAACUCUCGAUGCUAAGGUUAAGGAAAAUUUGUCUAUGGCCAUAGAUGAGCUGGAACCCUUCAAAAGACGAAAGAAAUCUCACAAGCAUUAUGUACCAUGCCAAAUAGAGUUUUUACCAUCAGUUGAUGAUCUAGUGGAGCCUGUUAUCUACAACAAUUUUACAGGAUUUUCUUUGAAUUAUAUCUUGAAGGAGAAUGCAUUGUCUAGUAAUGGUCUUUUUGAACCAUUGUUUGGUGGACACCAGAGUCUUCAGGAACGAGAAGAAACAUAUUAUGCAAGAAACCAAACCCUCCACUGUGGUUUUGUGCAAGGACCAGACGAUUACACUGAUACUGGAUUUGAUUUGGAUGAAAAUGACCAGAUGUAUAUGGCUUCCUGCCGUGUUGUUGCAUCAUCAUGCAUUUUUGGAAGCUCAGAUUACUUAAGGAAACCAACUAAGAGCAAGAUUGGUCCAUACUCUAAGAAGAAUGUAUGCUUCAUCAUGUUCCUGGAUGAGCUAACACUGGGAACUCUGUCCUCUGAAAGGAGUGUCCCUGAUGAAGCUGGAUUCAUUGGCAUGUGGAGAAUUGUUGUAGUUAAAGAACUACCCUACAAGGAUAUGCGAAGAUCAGGAAAGGUGCCAAAAUUUCUGUCUCACAGACUCUUCCCAUCUGCUAUGUACUCUAUCUGGUUGGAUAGUAAACUGCGCCUUAAUGCUGAUCCAAUGCUUAUCAUUGAGUAUUUCUUAUGGAGAAAAAAAGCAGAAUAUGCCAUUUCAGUGCACUAUGAUCGCACUUGUGUUUGGGAGGAAGUGCUUCAAAACAAGCGACUGAACAAGUACAAUCACACUGCUAUUGAUGAGCAGUUUUACUUUUACCAAUCUGAUGGUCUUUUGAAGUUUAACGAAUCUGGCAAAGAGCCUGUUCUUCCGAGUUAUGUGCCUGAAGGAUCUUUCAUUGUACGUGCCCACACACCAAUGUCUAAUUUGUUUUCAUGCCUUUGGUUUAAUGAAGUCAAUCGGUUCACCUCACGCGAUCAGUUGAGUUUUGCAUAUACUUACUUGAAGCUCAGGAGAAUGAAUACUGGAAAACCUUUCCACCUCAAUAUGUUUAAGGAUUGUGAACGAAGAGCGGUUACUAAGUUGUUCCAUCACCGAGCUAAAGAGACUGCAGAUCCACCUCCAGCUAAUCUUUAAGAUUCAUCAGGGAAAUACCUGCAUUUUGGAUUCUAAAGGAUAAUCCUGUUGUAGCAGAGAAGCAGAAAAAAAUGCCAAUGCCUCAACCAUGCUGGCAUGCAGCAUGCUGCUAUAAAGAAAACCUUGCACAGUCUUUGUUAUAGAAGUAAUGGCCACCUAUCUCGGUGUUCCUUUUUUGUUACAAUAGAAAAAUCCUGUAGCUUGCAAGUUUAGGUUCAAGCAAGUUCAAAGUUUUGUACCAUUGACUGCUGGUCGCAUUCAGCAAGAAACAAUCACUUACAAUCCUGGUCAAUGAUAUUAUCUUAUUUUAUCUGAUAAUAGAUUAUUAUAUGUAAUUGCCUCCAUGGCUAGA